AUGCGGAAGAACUUGUGCAAAGAGAAAGGCAACGCUGCGCUGAGGAAUGGCAAACCCUCAACCGCGUGGAUGUGCUAUUCUGAAGGUAUUCGACUUUUGAGCGAAGAUUUCCCCAAAUCCAAUCGAGCCCUGCUGGAUCUCUAUCGGAACCUGGCGCCCAAUGACCAAGCAAUUCAGGUAUAUCUUCAGCGUACAGACCAUCGCCUUCGAGAAGAGUCGCAGGGCUUUUGUAACUUUGCAAAGCUGCGAAAGAAUCUCUCUCUGGAACGGCCACGAGUCGAUGCUGCAAGCUUUACUGGAAAUCGUCGAGGUCCGCAAAAGAUGACAUACAUGUACCAGAUAUGUACCAUAAAGAUUGGCGUAACUGAAGCAUCCAUGCGUUCGACACAUCUCAUCGCCUGGCUAAGAACUGGCCUCUUCAUCAUGAUACGGACAGCGAUAUCGAAAGGUGCCGAAGAACUAAAACCCUUGGCAAUCGUGCUCACAUUAAUGAUAGGCUGGGAGAUAUCGCGAGAAGCAAUUUCGAGCAGCCUGGAUACAUGCAUGCUUGACGAGCCAGCUGCAGCACAUCCGUUGACCGAAAGCAUCAAUGAGCUAUGGGCGGCAACUCUGGAAAAUGACUGGAAUAGCCUCAGAACAAUAUUGUUUGACACUCUAUCUAUCAAACGGCAGCAAACCUUCUCGAGUACAUCUGGGACCAACCUGAACUAUUGGAGAGUCUCAGAAGCUACAGCAGAAUUCAGAGACCUGCAACCUAAUGCUACCUCGAGAUUAUACUACAACUUUCACGGCUUUUGGAUUUUGACGUCUACGCAUGUGCGUCGAAAUUUAGCACUCGCAUAUGCAGAGGCUUCGGAUAGCGCAUGUGCCUCGAAACAAUGCUUUCAAGUAACAACACCGGACAUCUUGCCAAUGACCUUCUUUGUGACAUUAAUCUUUGGUCGCAGCUUUGAUGUGCCUAACGACAAGCACCAUCACUACAAAAGCUAUUGCGCCUGUGCUGCAACGUUGCUGCAUAUCGAACUACGCAUCAGCAACCGCUUCCCUACAGCACGUCUGGAUCUCGGCCUGGAUCAAAGUCUUUGCCGGUACAGGAAUCGCGUCACGUUGUCGCUACAGAAAGCCUCGAAGCACUCGACUUCAGCAGGUAUUCCAGCAACUCUGAAUACUGUACAUCGCACAACCGUUCGCAAAGCCUUCCGAAGCGCCGCUAAGUCGCCGUUGUCAUCGUCGUCCACUAGCAGUCCGCAAUUAUCUUCGGCCACAAUGCAAGGUCCCUUCUGGUUCGGCCAGAUGUCGCAGAGCAAGCGAGACGACAAUGAAGAGGACUACGAUGAGCGUGUCCGGCUUGCGCGAUGGGAUCCAGAGCAGCACUUCAAAUGGUGUCGAACAGAGCUGCAAGACCUCAUCUACUCUACCCCGGGGAAAUGGAAGAUCAUUCAACCUCCGCGUCACAACGACAGCGGGAAGUAUGCUUUGGAAGAACAAUACAGGGACAAAGUGAAAGAUGAAAAGCGGCGCUACGAGCAUCUUGCAAACUAUGAGAAAGAUCCGAAGACCUUGCUGAAAGAGGCUACAUAUAGAAGCAUGCGUUACCGCAACACUGAAACGAAGAAGGAUUCGAAGAAGCUCGUGGAGAGGAAGAAGGGAUGGAAGGUGUCGUUACCGAGCGCGCUGAAGGAGCAACUUUCUAAGCCAAUCCCAGCCACAGCGAACCAACCUGUAUCUAAUGCGCCGGGAGCUGGCGCCCCAAAUGCGGUCUCUGAUAAUGUUGAGAGAGGGAGCGACGCCGAAGAAGAGAAGACAGAUCCACAGACGGACACCGACGAUACCGAGCAGCUUGGACAUGAAGCGAAGGAGGAAUCUCGAGUCCCAUAUGGAAAAGGUACCGAUAUGCCACGUCCUAACGCCAAUCACCAUGACACACUACUUCCACCGACAAGCAAGUCUGAACCACCAACAAAAGCUGCGCUGCCCCGUCGCCCCGACAUCUGCCAACACCGAUUCUGCAAAAUGUCACAUCUCGAGCAUGGCAGCGAGUGUAUUUGUUGCUCAUGUUUGCUCUCACGCGACGCCUCUUCCAGAGGCCGGUGGAAAAUGACUACUCCUUGUUUCUUCCCGACCAUUGAGCAGCUCAAUGGUCAGCAUGAGAAGCCGGGGCUUGAUGCCGAGAUGGAGGAUGUCGUUGUAAUGGGUGCGUGUCCUCUAUGUAAUUUCUCAUCCGAUCUCCGAUUUUCUAUCGACACUAUGCUUUCUGAUGCCAAACCAUUCAAUGUGCGAAAAUUUUGUGGUAUCUCAAGGACUCUUGCGUUCUGCGUGUUGCAUCACCCGCUCCGUUCUCGACGUCCUAUGAUGCCGUUUGGUGUCCGGAUGAUGGUAUUGGGAGUUAUGCUCGGAUUAGAGAUGCAGCAUGCUCUGGUCUUGUGUGAUCUCUGCAUCUGCUAUGCCGACUUGCCAUUCCAAAGAGGAGCGCUACAACGAUUGAGUUUGUUCGCAGGCUUUGUUCUCUCCUUUCACGACGGAACGAUGUGCACAGGUCUCUGCAGUCCCCAUCUACUAUUCCCCUUGCCCAAAACUACCCUAUACACCAAUAACCAUCCGAAACUAUACUCAGAACCCAUUCUAGCCAAGUCUCUUUCCGCUUCCACUCGCGCCCCUGUCGAGGAGCAGCUGAACCACGAGCUAAAGACAAACGAUUUCCAGAGACGUCUUUCAGGAUCAUCGCAAUCUGCGGAAAAGAACAUCCUUCUUCAUACCGGCACCCACAGGACAUGUCUUGGCAGGGUCCCAACAUUCAUCUCUCUAGUACUUUCACAUGAAGAUCUAGGCAACUGCCGGGUACAUCCGCGUCGCGAUGUUUACCAGCGCGACGGUCAUCAACAAUUGACGCGUCGCAACUUCAAUCGACUUCUCCACUUCGACAACAGCAAGCACCCAUCCAAGAAUCCUGUUUUACAUCGCUUCAGCCUUCCUGACAUUUCCAAAUCUGAACGUUCCACGAUCCAGACGCCCAUCGCGUUCAACUCAUACCUGCGUGAGGUUGUAAGUAUUACUUUGCGCACUAAUCGAUCGCCUUUCAAUCAACCUACCACGAUGGCCAACAGUGCAGUCCACGGCGGCGCUCCAGCUGGCCCAGCUAUGCCCCCAUGGCAUGACCAGAUCAUUGUCGCCAGUUGUAUGCCAGCGGCACUCGGCAAGCUGUCGUCAACGCGCGACACACUGAGCGAGCUCGCGUCACGGAACGUCAACUUGACCGAUGCUCAGAUCCUUACUGGUCAUAUUCAUCCAGACGACAUCUGCGGUGCGCUUGCCGACGAUCUUGGAAAGCGUUUCUCCAACGCCAUCCUCGCCACUGGUCUUCGAAUUCUGGACUAUGUUUGGAAGAGCUCCUACAACGCGAGCAACUUCAUCGUCGCACGAGUCAAUGCACCGCGGAAAUUGCUGAAGCUCCCUGCGUCAACUCGACCAAAGGCCGAGCCUGCGAGCAGAACUCCACCAACCGUGACCUACGUGCUGAUGGAUCAAGGCCAGCAUGCUGGGCAGUGGGUGAGGAUUGAUGUCAACCAAAACAAUCUACAGACAUCCGUUAUGACGCCCACUGAGGUACAGGACUUGGACCUCAACGGUCGCUUGACUAUCCUUCGACAGACUGCAGGUACACAGCCUGCGCUGCCCGCUCGCUCUACUCUACAGCAGGUCGCUCAAUCGAGUGCUGCUGCUGCCCUACCGACCUCGUCGUCUGCACUCAGCGCUGCGGCAAGCAACAACUCUUCUUCCUCGAACAUCAACGGCAUGACUCCAAGCACCAGCACACUAACAAUAGCAUCAGCACUCGUGCCACAGCAUGCCAAUAGCCCAUCCAAUUCUACGCAGCACCACGUUGCCGAUCAGGUCGUUGAUUCAUCGCUUCAAUUCAUGAACGCAUCCAGCCUACCUGCGCUUCAACAAGACUCAUCCACUUCUGUCGAUCGAAGUCUCCCCUACACGGCUCCAGGCUUUCACUCAGAGACCAACGGCGUGACAUCAGGACCAGCCAAUGCCAAUAGCAGUUCUUCAGCCGAGUCUACUGCCUCCGAUCGCACGAGAGCAACUUCUCUAUCGGCGUCACACUCACCCGCCCAGAUUGAGUCUAUCCCUCGAACUCGUCCCACUGUCGCUGCGGUCCAAGCGAGGAGGCGCCGAAUUGGCGAUACAGCGGAUCAGGAAGCACCUGAAGCAAGCUCGCCAAAGCGAGUGAGAAAGAACUCUGGUCACACUCUAGCGAACACAAGCGAGCAAGAUCGUCCUUCUACCCUUUCCGCAACUCCAGCGUCGACGAUGAGCGGUCGACCAGCCACUUAUCCAACUAAUGUCACCAUCGUUGAGGCGCACAACGCUUCGACCACUCCACCAGUUGCUCAAGAGCGUCAACGCCGAAUCCGCCCGAUGAAACGCCCCCGGACUCAGCAGGUACAAAGUUUCACUUAUGCCCUCCCAACUGCAAACAACCGGUUCGGCGGUCCAUACUUCAUGGAGAUCCUGCAAUACACCCAGGCUGGUUGGGAGUUAGGCGACAUUGUUCAUAUUGAGCGGAAUGACGACGAAAACGAUAGGUCCUUUGGAGUGUAUUUGGCAAGCAUUGGCGAAAGAGCGGCAUUCACAUCGCUUAGUUACGACAUUGUUAUUACACUGUUGGAAACUAUGCAACCAGAAGAGGAAUCUUGGGCAUUGACGGGAAGGGAGCGCGGCGUUGGAAGGGAUCGAUUUUCUCACUGCGGGCAUGAUGGCAGGACUUCUUGUCUUUCUCAAUUACAAAAGUGUAGUUUAUUAACGAUUGUGUGGCAUACAUACUUUAUGGCAUCGGCUCCGAUCAAAGCGAAGGUUUUAGGCUCUUGCUUCAAGCAGCACAUCUCCUUCAAUGGCAAGCUUCUAGAUGUCAGCCUUAUGUUUGCCCUGAUUUCAUCUGCUAAUACUUUCCCUCUGAUCUACCUUACCACUACCUAUGCUGUGCAAAAUACCAGAUCUCAAGUCCUGACCUUGAUAUACAUCCACCAACAAAUACAAUUGAUUGUUCACUGGACUGGCAAUCCAACUGCACUUUCAAAUGCGAACCUAUCUACUCUGAUCAAGCACGCUAUGGUACCGCGUUUGAUAGGAUACAGCAAACGCUGUGACCUCAAGGCUCGCGGGAAGGUGUUGUAUUAG